AUGGUGGAGUCUGUGAUAUGUGCAGGCACUGUGAGCAGGGUGAGCUCAGUACUCCAGAGAGAUGUGAAGCAGUUUGGCAAACAGUUCCUUUUCGACCACAGAGAUGAGACUUGUUGGAACUCUGAUCAGGGGUCAUGUCAGUGGAUCGUACUAGAAUUCACUCAAAAAGUCAGUGUGUCUGAAAUCCACAUCCAGUUCCAAGGUGGCUUUUCCAGUAGAAACUGCAUUUUAGAAGGAUGCCUAAAAAAUGAAGAGUUAAAGACAGUAACAGAGUUUUAUCCAGAAGACAUCAAUGCCCUUCAGAUUUGUAUUCGCAGAGCGGUGUGUUGA